UUUGCCAGGACUAAGAUAAGCAGGAAUCAUUUUAAUGCUGCUCAUGUCGUUAAGCAGAUUUCAGAAAAGAGAAACUAGAUAAUAAAAACAUUCCAUGCUCAGAAUAACAGCUGCUGUUGGAAGCAAGCGAGUGAGCUUGGUCAACUAUAGAGAGCAAAACUCUAUUUCGGCUUUUAACAGGUAGCUUGGGAUCCACUUUCUUAGGACUUCCAGUCUGUCUAAAAUUAACAUUUAGAUCUUAAGGGUAACACAGACAAAGGGAAAACAGAGAGAGGAGGACGAAACCAAUAAGAUGGAGGAGAACAAAUAUAUGGGAUUAGAGAAAGUCAGUCAUGGCUUUAGCUUUGUAGAUGUUCCUGAACAAGAGACCCUUCCCUGCAAACUGCUUCUCUACUCAGAAGGCAGAAAAUUAGAGGAGAGCCACACCAGACCAUGUGCUGCCUCUGCAAGAAAGGUAGACAAUGGGACUGAAAAUCAUCAGAAAGUAAGCAGGACAAAACAGUGCCCAGAAAGUGCAGCACGAGAGAGAAGUCGCGUUCGAACCUUACGCAGGGCGUUUCUCACCCUUCAGGCUGCUCUUCCAUCAGUUCCACCAGAUACCAAACUGUCUAAGCUGGAUGUAUUAGUCCUAGCAACUAGUUAUAUAGCACAUCUAACUCAGACUCUGGACAAAGACUGCAAACUUCCUGAACAAAUGCAUUCCUCGAGGACAUCUAACUACUUACACCCAAUGAAGGUAAUCAGGCAAUUAGCUGUGUUUUAGGAGGGGAAAUUGGUUGUUACCAAAAUAUCACGAGCUGUUAUACACUAUAAUGAUAGAAACAAUAGAUAAUACUUUGGAUUCAUCAUCUAAGAACCCAGAAAAUAGAAGGUGUUACACUGAUGACAGCCACUUUAUUUUAGUUCAUUUUAUUUAUCAUUUGAUAACCAGGAUAGUGCAUUGGCCCUAGCUGACUAUUUCAACCACGAUUCAUGCCAA